AACCGGCGGUGCGUGCGCGCGAGCGGGCAGAGAGGGAAGAACCGUCCGUGCAGUGAGAGUGCUUGUAAUAUUCGUCCAUGUGAGUGCGCGAUCAGUUUAUCGGUGACAGGCCGAUUACGGCGUCUACCAACCACCGAUAACUCUAGCUGACAUUGUGACGCGUCGGCUGGUAGGACUUCGAUAGAAUUGACGAGAAGAGGAUCGCGAUUAACGAAGAGAAGAGACGUGCUUGCUCGGUCGAAGGAAUUAUUACAUUUUUGGGAGUUCUUUCAAGGGAUCUAAAUGUGUAAGAACUGUGGACCGUUAGACAGGGAGACCCACAAGAAGAUAGUGGCGUCGGAGGAGAACACAAUGGACAUCCUAAUGUGUGCCUCCAUCCUGGUCCUGGAGACUGAUGGAGAUGAGGACGAAGGGCUGGUGUUAAAGAUCAGGGAGAGUAACAGCAGUAGAUCAGUUCCUGAACAUGCAGUUCCGAAGAAGGCGAGAAGGAAGAGGAACAAGCAAACGAGUUUUGUUAACACCAGGUUUGAAGAUUUGUACAGUCUCACAGCAGAUGUGUUGGGUCAAGGGGCAUAUGCAUCUGUUAACACCUGCAUCAACAUCCUGACUGGAGUGGAAUGUGCUGUUAAGAUCAUCGAGAAGAGAGCUGGGCACAGCCGUGCUCGCGUCUUUAAGGAGAUCGAGACGUUCCACUACUGCCAGGGUCACGAGAACAUCCUGCAGUUGCUCGAGUACUACGAAGAGGAAGACUAUUUCUAUCUGGUCUUCGAGAAAAUGCAUGGAGGGCCAUUGCUCACGCACAUCCAGGAACGUGGACACUUCACUGAGCGCGAGGCCAGUGUCGUGGUGAAGCAGGUAGCAGGGGCCCUGCAGUUUCUGCACAACAAGGGAGUGGCACACAGAGACCUGAAGCCCGAGAACUUGCUGUGCGUUUCGGCGAGCUCGGUGACCCCCGUGAAGAUCUGUGAUUUCGAUCUCGGCAGCGGCAUCAUCAUGGCGAACGGCAACGAGUGCACCACGCCUCAGCUGUUGACUCCGGUUGGUUCGGCUGAGUUCAUGGCACCUGAAAUCGUGGAGGCAUUUAUUGGGGAGGCUUCCCCAUAUGACAAGCGCUGUGACCUUUGGAGCCUUGGGGUUAUCAUGUAUAUAAUGCUGUGUGGCUAUCCACCAUUCUAUGGCCAGUGUGGCAGUGACUGUGGUUGGGAGAGAGGAGAAGCCUGCGAGGCUUGCCAGGACUCCCUAUUCAUGAGGAUUCAGGAUGGGAUUUACGACUUUCCCGAUCGUGAGUGGGCGUCCAUCUCGGCGAGCGCAAAGGACCUGAUCAGCAACCUUCUCGUGAAAGAUGCAAAGUCACGCUACAGCGCUAGCGAGGUGCUAGAGCACCUCUGGGUGAGGGACGGAGGAGCUACAAGACCACUGCAGACACCGAAAGUUCUGUUAAGAAAUAAUAGUGCCAAAGAUCUGUCUGCAUUUGCUGAGAGUGCUCUGGCAGUGAAGCGCAUGAUUUGCACACACAUGUCUAUUACAGAGGAACAGGAAUCUGACUCGUCGUCCUGCUACAGCACUCCAUUUAACCUUUCGCCACCUAUGGAGUCGCUGCUGUGGAAGCGCCGGGCGGCCGUGCCGGAAAGGGCGUCGAACAUCGUCGUCGCCGACCUGACCCCGAGUCCGGAGAACACUAGGAAGUUUUCGCUGCCGGAGGAGCUGCCUCGCGAGGAGCUGCUGGCGAGAUUUGCCAACGACUUUGUGAGGUUCGCAGUCCCCUGCGGGCUAAACGGGUAGAGGCGUGCGCACGCGCGUGAGACGGCAGCUGAUACAUAGGGAGCUGAUGCGGGGAGAGUCGGCAGUGUCGUUGUUGCCCGCGGGAGGCAUUGUAAAUAGUGGACGAAGCAUCAGUUUUGCCUAUGGUUCUUUGUAAGAUAGUCACGAGUGUCAAAUGAGGCGAUGUGGUCAGGCCGGUCCAUGAAGAGGUUUAAGUGCCGUUCAGUGGCGUUCGUUGCCGGCGAACGGAAUUUGGUGGUUGCGGGCAAGGCGGCCGCUGGACGCAUUUAGAACUUGGAGUACGAUCUGUGAUUGACAAUUUAUGUGUCUUAGAAUUGCAUGAACCCGUGUUGGUGUUCGUGUUCGUUCCCUGGCCGCACCGGGUCAUAGAAGUCCUUUGUCAUAUAUCAUUGUUGUUCUCAAUCUUAUUAGAAAACUUUAAGAUAUUUUGUUCACAUGUAUUUUAAAUUCAUGGAAAACCGUUGUGAUUUGCUCGGCAUUUGUUCAGUGUGUUCUCUUCAUUGCCCGUGGCAAUGGGAAGGUCAUACGACACUCGCUGAUUGGCUAGGUGCAGUAUUCUAAUGCAAGUUUAUCAUAUGCCAUGUAUGGUACUGACUUUUGAUCGUAUUCUAAGCGUAUAUAGCAUCGUAUAAAACCUAAGCACGUGAUUGGAUAGUUAUAAGAAGCAAGAAGGAUAAUAAUCAUGCAUGCUGUAUUUGAUAUUCUUCUAUAACAUGGAGACUAUGACUAUGUAAUAGCAAUAUGGCAGCAAUGGGGCACCGAUUGCAGUAAUAACGAGAUAUAGCAUAACCCCAUGUUACAAUAUAUUGUAAUGUAAUAAUGUUAACACACAUUGUGGUGUCUAACUGGAUGAGAAACGCUGUUGUAUCGAAACGCCAAUCGACCAUGCAUUAGUAUUACCAUCUAUAGGUGUAGGUUUUUGCUCAGCAUGUGAAAAUCGCUAAGAAUGUUAAUCAUUACUACUGUCAGGAUAUCAUAGCUAAGUAAAUGAUGCGACGAGAAAGCAGUUAAAGAUGAUCCGCCUGCAUUGGCCUGUAAUAAGUCUGAGCUAGAUAACAGGUCCAAUGCUGACUGGAACAGUGUACAGAACCGCUCACCAAUAUGGUGUGCACUCGAUUUAUUUGUGGAUGAAAGCUUUUUUUUUAUUUUGAAGGUCUGUGUGUGUGAGUGCGUGUGUGUAUGUCUGUUUUGAUGUUUGCCUUUCCAAGCGUUUGGAAGGCCUGGACAAUGAUUUGAUUUCUUGAAGUUGAACCUGUCAGUAGCACUGUGAUAUUUUAUUGCCGUUUCAUCACUUCGCUUGUGUUUUGUCGCUGUUGACAUGGGUCAGAGGGUUGAGUGGAGUCUUUCCGUUUAUCCUAGCAAUGGUAAAUGUUCGGCUAGAUCUCUGCAUAUCAUUGAACCAAUGGUCAUUUUAUAGCGUUACUUCAGUACUGCAAUAAUGAACGAAUAGUGUCUUCUCCACUUCCUUCUUUCUAAACCUUGAUAUGUCGUUGCUUUCGAUUAUCAGUAAAAACAUGCAAUAAAUAUUCGUGGUUGUAAUAGUAACUUUAGUAUGUAAAUUGACGUGGUAAAAAUAAUGCAAAGCAGACAAAGCAAUGCAAAGUCGAAAUCCCACACUGUAUCAUGUUGUCAAACUUUGUUUGUUUUCUGUUUGUACCCAUGUUUCUGUAUAUGGAUGUGUAUCUGCUGUAUUUGUGCGCGUCACGUCUAUGAAUUGUCUCACUGAGGAUGUUUUCCUGUAAAACAAUCUCAGUGAUUUUUUUUGGGGACGAUAUAAAAGUGGUUGAACCCUGUUGCGGAUGGCGAUUGUGUGAAAGGCGUUGUUGUACUAGGGUGCAAUCCGUUGAUGUUUGACUAAUGGUGGUGGCAGAGUGAAGUUUUACAUGUACAUGUGACGCUAGUUUUCGACGGCGGCGUGCGUACGUGUAAUCCUUGCUUCCCACGAGUUCUCUUCGGGAGAUGUUGUCGUCGCCAAGAAUACUACUACUUGAGUGAGCUGAAAAGUAUGAAUGAGUUUUAGCCGUGCCUUGGAAAGUUCAGGGAGAGAGACUGCUGUUUCCAACUUGGCGGCUGGGCAGGGAAGGAAUUACAUGGUGAUAAGACCGCACGGAGGGGCCAGCCUGUAUUUCAAUUGAACAUUUAAGUUUUGGCAUUCGUUGAGAGUAAGCAAGUUGGUGAUUAUUCAUGUUGCUCUACUGCAUGAUGAUCUAUGCUGUAUAAACUGUAUCAGUUUCAAAUUCAUUUGUUACGCGUCUGGCCUUUGCCAUCGUUGUAAGUUUUUUUGGAGAAAUAAAAAAAUUUACAAAAAAAAUUGAAAACCCCAAAA